UAGUGACAUGAAAAACAAAACUUAUUUGUUUUCAAUUUUUUUAUUUUAUCUUUUACAUUCAUUUUCUCACUUUUUAACUAUCUCAUUAAUUAUAUUUACUAUAAUAUUUUGUCAGGAUUAUUUACAUAUUAACUAUAAUAAUUCGACAUAUUUGAAUGAAACCACUCUAUUUGUGAUAAGAAUUCAAAAUGGUUAACAAUUUUUUUUAUUUACUUAUGUAUCGGUUAGACAUGGACAUUCGGAUAACUAUUCAGCUACGAGUUAUUUCUGUGGGUUAUCAUGCUUUUUGAGUUUUGAAACUAGACUUCAUUUCGGUAUUAUAAAUUUUCAUGUGUGUUUCGAAUCGGAUCCAGAUGAAUUCAGUCUUGAUAUAUACAAACCUACAAAUAUCCAAAAACUAAUGUAUUUGACGCCGGUACGGAUAUUUGUAUGAAAAGUAAGAAUAUUAACCGAUUCAAUUCGGGUAUGUUGAAUUCAAAUUAAACUAAAAAUAACCAAAUAACCAAAAGUAAUCAUAUUAUUCUAUUUGAUUCAGGUUCGAUUAUGAUGUAUAGAAAUCUAAAAGUAUUUAUGCAAUUAAUUAUAUUAUGAUACAUAUAAAAUAUAUAAUACUAAUCAUAAAAAUAAAAUAUCGAUUUAUAAGAAAGUAAAAAUUAACACCCGCACGGGCGUGCGGGUCAAUCUCUAGUUUAGCUUUAAAAUUUGUGAUGUAAAAUUUAGUAUACAUGAUAUUUUGCGGUAGAUGUAUAAUAAUAACAAAUUAUUUCUAGAGUAAUGUAUUUUUCUUACACCAUAUAAAAUAUUGUUUUAGUGAAUUGACUUAAAUCAUGAUUGAUAAUUUUAAAAAUUGAUUUAAAUCAUGAUUGGUAAUUUUAAGGUUGUAGAUAAAAAUUAAAGUUAAGAAAAUUUAUACAACUCAACCAAUCACCCUUAAUAUUUUUACUAUUUAGAAUUUUUAAUAUUUUUUUACCCUCCAGUUAGAGUUACAAGAUACUAGUAGAUAGUUAAUCACAUGAAAUAUGAUUGUGUGGUUAAGAGCAAUCCCAUCUAAUUUAAAGUGUAACAUGACCAACUAAAUUUAAUUUGUAAAUUAUUAUUUUCUUUAAUAUUUAUCUUUCUACUAUGUUUUCCGAACUCAGAUUGAGAACUACUGAACUACGUUUCCAAAACUAACGAAGUUGGAUGAAGUUAUUUACUUACACUAAAUAUUUUUUUUAUCUUUUUCAAAAAACUAUUUUGUAUACCUGCAUAUAAACUUGCAGCUAAUAACUAACCCACCACAUAUUUAUUCUGAGCAAGCAUCAUACAUUACACGACUUAGAUCAUACAUUCAUGCUAAUAUGCUAUACAUCAUUUGUCACUUUCUUUUUUUUUUUUUUUGACAGCAAAAAAACAUCUACAGAUUCAUAUUGACUCUGUAAACCAAUUUGGUAACUCCGCAUCCAUGUGAACGACGAAAGACGGUUGUUUCCUAGCACUGCGUGCUAAGCUAUCCGCCCUUGAGUUCUCCGUCCGUGGUACAUGAACGAUGUCUGAGUUGAGGAAACUUCUUUUCAAAAGCUUAAUGUCCUCCAGAUAACUUCCAAAUGCUGGCCAUUCUUCUGGUUCUGAAACCAUCUUCACCAAUUGAGAACAAUCCGUUGCAAACGUCACCUGAAUCUGUCUUAAAUUCUUCAUACAUUCAAUUGCCCAAAUCAAAGCUUCCAUCUCCGAAUGAAGAGGUGAGAGACAUGCCCUUACAUUUCUUGCCCCUAAUAAACCAUCGAAACCCGGUAAAGUACUAUACCAGCCUUGCCCUGAAAAUAAAUCCUUAUCUUUCCAUGAUCCAUCUAUAAAGCACCAUCGUCCUGACGUCACUAACGUAGAAGUGGUCUGUACCUGCUGUCCCCUUGUUGAGUCCUUUGCUACUUGUGCCUCAGACCAGAGUGAUGACUCCAAUUCUGCUAAUUUAAGUGUUUCCCUCGGGUCAAUAUCCAGAUUGCUAAAAACUUUCAUCAUUUGUCAAUUACCUUCCAUCAUUUGUCACUUUCUACAAAGAAAAAAUAAGAUGAAACAAUCUUGGCCAUUGAUUCUUUUCGGUCAAUAUCUAACCAUUACAUUCAUUAAUCAUUUCAUUGUCUUACAUAAUUUGUCAUUUCUAUAAAGAAAAAGACAAGACAAUCUUAGCCGUUGAAUUUUCUAGCCAAGAUCUAACCAUUGCAUUCAUUAGUCAUUUAAUAUCUUAUAUUUGUAUAUAUUUUAUAGACAACUUUCAUUUCUUAUAUAAUUUGUCACUUUCUACCAAAAAAAAUAAAAAAAAUUUGGCCAUUGAUUUUUUUCCGGUCAAGAUCUAACCAUUGCAUUCAUUAGUCAUUUCAUAUCUUGCAUCAUUUGUAAUUUUCUGCAAAAAAUAAUAAAGACGAAAAAGUUUUAACCAUUGAAUUUUUCCAGUCAAAAUGUAACCAUUGUAUUCAUUAGUCAUUUCAUACCUUCCAUCAUUUGUAAUUUUCUACAACAAAAAAUAAAGACAAACAGUUUUAGCUAUUGAGUUUUUCCAGCCAAUAUGUAACCAUUGUGUUCACCAUAUCUUUUUUUUUUGGACAACCUUCAUGUCUUAUAUAAUUUGUCACUUUCUACCAAAAAAAAACAAUCUUAGCCAUUGAUUUUUCCCGUCAAAAUAUAGCUAUUGCAUUUAUUAAUCAUUUUAUGUCUGACAUAAUUUUUUACUUUCUAUAAAGAAAGACGAAACAUCUCAUUAAAUUUUUCUGGCCAAGAUCUAACCAUUGCAUUCAUUAGUCAUUUCAUAUCUUAUAUAUUUUUUUGGACAACCUUUAUGUCUUAUAUAAUUUGUCAUUUUCUACCAAAAAUAUGAGAAAUCUUAGCCAUUAAAUUUUCUAGAUAAGAUUUAACCAUUACAUUCACUAGUCACUUCAUGUCUUACAUAAUUUGUCACUUUCUACAAAAAAUGAAAAUAUCUUAGCCGUUGAAUGUUUUCAACUAAGAUCUAACCGUUGCAUUUAUUAGUCAUUUCAUAUUUUACAUCGUUUGUCAUUUUUCUACAAAAAAAAAAAAAACUAAACAAUUUUAGCGAUUGAAUUGUUCAAGCUAAUAUCUAACCAUUGCAUUUAUUACUCACUUAUGUCCUGCAUCAUCUAUCACUUAGUAUUGCAAUAUGUUAUAGUUAUUUUUUUAUCUUUCAGAAUGUUUUUAAUCUUGUUAUAAAGAAAAUUUCAUGUCAUGAUAAAAAUAUAUUAUAGUAUAUAAUUAACUGAGAUGAUAUUUUCAUAAUUUUUUCGUUUAAAAAAUCUGUCGGUUUAAUCAAAUCGUCAUUCAACUAUUUUUAUGUCAGUGUGUUGUGAAAGCAAAUCGUUCAUACAAAAAGAGAGAAUACUAUAGCAUAAAUUUUGUGAAGGUAGAUGUCAUACGAUAAUUAGUAGGGGUGUUCAAUCCGGAUAUCGGUUCGGUUUCGGUUCGGUUUUUUCGGUUUUUCGGUUUUUCGGUUUAUAAAAAAUAGCUACCAUAUUAACACCAUAUUUAAUAUGGUUUGGUUCGGUUUAUAUACCGUCGGGUUUCGGUUUAUUCGGUUUUAUACCAAAAAACUGUAAAUAUAUUUAUCUUUUAAAAUAUUUUGUGAAUUUUACUUUAUAAGAUUAGAUAUCGGCUUUAAAUUUAAUUAUAACAUGGCGAUAUUUUGGUUUUUAAAUAAUCUAUUUUUAUUUUACUAUUUAAAUAAUCAGUAAACAUAUUUAGUUAAUAACAGUAAUAUUUUUAUGGAAUAAAAGUAAGAAAUAUCAUUAAUCCAUAAUACUAUUAAACAAAAAAAUAAAAAAUAUGUUUUUUUUUUAAUUUGAUAAAAAAAAUUGAACUUAAAUUAAAUUAUUAAAUAACUAAAAUAAACAUUUAAGUAGGAAGAUCAUACCAAUAAAAUAAAUUAGGUAUAUGUUAUUAAUUAUAUAAUAUAAUUUACAUAUACGUAUACUAUUAUAUUUUAAUUGAUCGGUUUAUUCGGUUUAUUCGGUUUGAUCGGUUUAUAUACCAAACCAUAUCCAUAUACCGCGGUUUCUUAAAAAUGACAUCCAUUCGGUAUAUUCGGUAUUACCAAAUCCAAACCAUUUUUUCUAUUUCGGUUCGGUUCGGUUUUAACUGGUUCGGUUUCACCGGAUUGAACACCCCUAAUAAUUAGUAAUAAAAUGUAUCAUUAAGAAAACUUACUUUCUAAUUUCUUACUCCAAUCCACUAUUAAUCACAAUAAAAAAUCCUUUUUUACUUUAAUUAUUGUUUUUCCUUUUAAUAUUUGCACUUUUAAUUAAAGGCUCUCUAUUAUACUUUUUUCUUGUGGGACUCUCAGUUAAUGUUCACCAACCAAACUCCAAAAGAAAAUCAUAGACAAAUCUGAUUUUUCUUUGCAUCACUUUAACAAGAAAUAAAAAGGAAAUAUUAAUACUUGGACCUAUUAAAAUACCUCUGUUGCUGACAAACCUGUAACUUCGAAGUUCCCGUACGAAACAAUUCCGACCAAUGGGCAUUGAAGCAAACUUAUAUCUAAAGAUUCUAAAGAAUUUACGUAAAACCGUAGAGUUAGUAAAAGUUCCCAAAACGUUUUAACUUUAACCCCUAAUUAUUUAAACAAUUACAAUAAAACCCGGUCCCACCCCCAAAUAAGGAAGACGAAAACCCUUUUUCGAGAAAUAAAGUUGAAACGUUACCGCCAAAGGAAACAAAAGAAAAAAGUACUACCACCAUGACUUAAUCAUCUCCUUCUUCCCUCCAUGGCAAAAUCUCUCUGCUAGGGUUUUCGAUUUCACUCUAUCUCUCUCUCAAGCAAAAUCGUGCUUGUUCUUGUUAAUUCAACCAUGGAUAUGACUACUUGCGUCGGCAGAAGAACUCGUUCGAGGACGGAAUCGUACUUGAACUCACUUCUGAACAAAUCAAAGGGGAUCUCUGUGGAGAAUCAAUCUAGGAGUAGGAUCGAGAGGCGGAAGAAGAGAGAUUCCGUGCGCGAUUCUGUUUCUCCGGCGAAACCGAAACCGAAACGGCGACGUGAAAAGAAGAGGACAGAUGACGAGGAUGUCGAGUUCGUUGAGACUAUCUACCCGAAAGGUAAGCAGGAUGAUGAUAAUGUAGGCUCAUCACCAGUGAUUGCUCCUAGUUUAGAAUCGAAAUCGACUGUGAAUGAUGUGAAUUCGAUUGAUGAGGAGAAAACUCCCGAUGAUGAUGAUUGCAGUGUCGAUUGUGAGAUGGAUGAUGCUGAUUUGAGGGGUGAAGAGAAGGUUUCAGAAGCUGACGAGGUUGUGAGUCUUAGCUCUAGCUCUGAAGAAGAAGAAGAAGGCUCUGUAAAAGACUUAGAAACUGAAGUGUGUGGUGAAGAUGACUAUAGUGAUGAAGAAGAUGUUGAGUCUGACUCGUCUGAUUACAUGGAGGAAAGCUCAGAUUCUACUUAUACAGGGAGCUCUGAUAGUGGUUUCGAUUGUUCUGACGAUGAUGAUGAGGUUGGUGGUGAUGCUAGAAACACUGCUAAAGUGAAGAACAAGAGUCCUAGUGAAAGAGUGUACAAGAGGGAGAAGCGGAAGAAUUAUUAUAAGAAGAAUGAUUUGGAUGUAUUUAAUCUGCUAGCAAAAUCUGUUUGGGACAGAACAAAGAUUUUUGAUGAAGACAUUUGCUCCGGGGACGACGAGGAAGACACAGCAGACGUUGAUACUAGAGAAGAUCCUAUAGUUAGAGACAGCUCUGGUGAAUAUCCUGUAGUUAGAGAGAGGAAACGAAGGAGAUACCAUAGGGAGAAAAAGAAGAAGCACUUGAAUGUGACUGAUCAGCUAGGAAACUCAUUUUGUGAGAGUUUCGAUGUUGGUGGAAAACCGUGGGUUCCGACUCAUGUAAACCUUAGAUUUGGUUGUGAGGAGGAGCCUGAGCCAAUAGAGAAAACAGAAGAGGAGAAAGAGAUAGACAGGUUGUGGGAAGAUAUGGCCUUAGCUUUAUCAUUGGAAGGUGUACGCUCUUCUGCUCAUUCUAGAAGUGGAGAUGUGUCAUGUAGCAAUGGGAAGCAUGACUUCGUACUUGAUGAAGAAGUUGGUCUAAAAUGCCGCUACUGUUCUUAUGUCUCCGUCGAGAUCAGAGAUGUCUCGCCUACUAUGGACAAGUAUCGAGCUAAUAUUAAUGACAAGAAGACAUGCAGUGACAAAAAGAGUGGCGGUUUACUUGACAGUCUUGAUUUUGCAGCUUCAGACCACAGCAGAGAUAUGGAGUCUUUGAAAAAUACACAAGGAACAGUCUGGGAAUACAUCCCUGGCAUAAAGAAUAGUCUGUACCCACACCAACAAGAAGGCUUUGAAUUUAUGUGGAAUAACUUAGCUGGGACAACAAAACUUGACGAGUUGAAGAGCUCAGUGGGAAAAGAAAGUGGCGGAUGCAUUAUCUCUCACUCGCCUGGAACUGGUAAGACGCGUUUGACCAUCGUGUUUCUUCAGUCAUACCUAGAACAGUUUCCAGAGAGCCAUCCUGUGGUGAUAGCUCCUGCAAGCUUAAUGCUUACUUGGGAAGAAGAGUUCAAAAAAUGGAAUUCAAACAUUCCGUUUUACAACAUGAGUAGUCAAGAUUUCUCAGGGCAAGAGAACCAAGCAGCUGUCUCACUUCUAAAGGGAAACAGGCACCUUAGGAGAAACAAGGAUUCUGUCCGUAUGGUUAAGCUAUAUUCUUGGAGGAACAAGAAAAGCAUUCUUGGAAUCAGCUACAAUCUGUAUGAGAAGCUCGCCGGGAACAGGUGCGCCGGAGAAGUACAAGAAUUUAGAAAGAUGUUGCUAGAGUUGCCCGGGCUGCUGGUCCUUGAUGAAGGCCACACACCGAGGAACCAUAACAGUUGCAUUUGGAAAGUGCUGACUGAAGUCAAGACGGAGAAACGUAUCAUUCUUUCGGGGACACCGUUCCAGAAUAACUUCAAGGAGCUUUCUAACGUCUUGUGCCUGACGAGACCAGCUUAUGCAGAUAAGAUCUCUUCGAGGCUCCAAGAUCUCACGAGGUUGAGCCAAGAAGGCAAAAACGGGAGGUUCGAUGAAGAGGUUGGAAUCUCUGAGUUAAAGGAUAUGAUUGCUCCUUUUGUUCAUGUUCACAAAGGAAACAUCCUGAGAGAAAGCCUUCCUGGUCUAAGAGACUGUGUUGUGAUGUUGAACCCGCCUUUUCAACAGGAGAAAAUCUUGAAGAGAAUUGACCAUUCUCAGAACACGUUUGAGCUUGAGCACAAGCUUUCAGCUGUUUCGGUACACCCAUCUCUGUAUAUGUGCUGCAAGCAGACCAACAAGGAACGGUUAACAAUUGGGCCAGUAGCAUUGAAAGUCCUAGAGAGCCUUAGGCUUGACUCAAAAGAAGGUGCGAAAACAAGGUUCUUGAUCGACUUCAUCCGCUUCAGCCAAACAGUGAACGAGAAAGUCUUGGUGUUCAGCCAAUAUAUUGACACUCUAGAGCUGAUCAGGGACCAGCUCAACGCAGUAUUUGGCUGGACUGAAGGAGAAGAGAUUCUGUACAUGCAUGGUCAACUUAAACAAACAAUAAGACAGCAUCUGAUCAAUAACUUCAACAGACCAGACAGUAAAUCUAAAGUGCUACUGGCAUCAACAGGAGCUUGUUCCGAGGGUAUUCACCUUGUCGGCGCUUCUAGAGUUGUCCUCCUCGACGUUGUUUGGAACCCUUCUGUUGAGCGGCAAGCCAUAAGCCGAGCUUACAGAAUUGGCCAAAAGCGGGUGGUGUACACUUACCAUCUCAUGGUUAAAGGCACAACUGAGUGGGGAAAGUACUGUAAGCAAACCAAGAAGCAUCGAAUAUCCGAAAUGGUCUUCUCUCCCACCAACGAGAAGGACAAGCUUAUUGAAAACGAAGUUGUGUCUGAAGAUAAGAUCCUAGACGAGAUGGUUCGCCAUGAGAAGCUGAAAGACAUGUUUGGGAAAGUACUUUAUCGCAAAAAGGAAUCUGACAUGUUUACCGACAUCCUCUGAUUCUAAUAUCGUUUUGUUUCUGUUAAUCCCUCUCUUGAGACUCUCUCUCUCUUGGCGUUUAUAUAUUAAUAAUACAAUUAUACGUAAGAGACAAUCUCUAGCUUGAAAGAUUCA